AUGGGCUACGACAUCGGGUGGAUCAUCCCGCGAUUGCGGAACCCGGGCAGACUGUGGAACUGCGCCAGUUCCAUCACGGUGGCAGUCGUGGGAUUGUUUAGCAAAAUCAUAAUUGAGUUCCUGAACAAGACGACCGUGUACAACCGGGAGGCGCUGGCGCGGGCAGUGCGCCGGCCCCCGGGGGUGCCCCUGCUCACCGUCUCCAACCACCACUCGUGCUUCGACGACCCGGGCCUCUGGGGCGUGCUGGAGACGCGGACGCUGGUGAGCCGGUCGCGGAUGCGCUGGGCGCUCGCCGCCCACGACAUCUGCUUCACGAACGCGCUGCACGCGUGCUUCUUCGCGCUCGGCAAGUGCGUGCCCGUGGUGCGCGGCGCCGGCGUCCACCAGCCCGCGAUGGAUUUCUGCGUGGAGCGUCUGGCGCUGGGCGAGUGGGUGCACAUCUUCCCCGAGGGCAGGGUCAACGUGGAAAAGGAGCGCAUCCGGUUCAAGUGGGGCGUGGGGCGGCUGGUGGCGGAGAGCUGGGCGCGCGGCCACCAGCCGCUGGUGGUGCCCGUGUGGCACGAGGGGCUGGACCGGGUGCUGCCCAACGCGGAGCCGUACCGGCUGCGGCUGCGCAAGCGGCUCUACCUGUGCGUGGGCGAGCCCAUCCCGCUGCUGGCGCUGCGCGACCGGCUGCGCGGCGCCAACGCCUCCGAGGAGGAGACGCGGCGCGCCAUCACCGAGCGCGUGCAGGAGGAGCUCUUCCGACUGAGCGAGCGAGCGCGCACGCUGCGGGCGCGCCUCGGCGACCGGCCCGACCGCGCCGACCGCGCCGACCGCGCCGACCGCGACGCG